UGAGGGAGGGGGAAAAUAUUUGGCCUGUUCCUUCAAGUGCCUGGGCCAGCUCGGCUUUCACAAGUUGCCCCUUGUCGCAUAUAAAAGCGUUAGGAUUGGGUGGGCCGGCGGCAGUCUCGGAGUAGACAGUGAUCAGCUCGCGCUCUCGAGUUCAAGUAGUGCAAGGCGACAGAAACCUCCAUCAUGUGUGACGACGAAGAAGCGACGGCUCUGGUUGUCGACAAUGGCUCCGGUCUUGUCAAGGCUGGUUUUGCCGGUGAUGACGCCCCUCGAGCUGUCUUCCCCUCCAUCGUUGGCCGCGCCCGUCACCAGGGUGUGAUGGUCGGUAUGGGUCAGAAGGACGCCUACGUCGGCGAUGAGGCCCAGACCAAGAGGGGUAUCCUCACUCUCAAGUACCCUGUUGAACACGGCAUUGUUACCAACUGGGACGACAUGGAGAAGAUCUGGUACCACACCUUCUACAAUGAACUGCGUGUCGCCCCUGAGGAGUGCCCCACCAUGCUUACUGAGGCUCCCCUUAACCCCAAAGCCAACCGUGAGAAGAUGGUCCAGAUCAUGUUUGAAGGGUUCAAUCUUCCAGCUACUUACGUCUGCAUCCAGGCUGUCCUGUCCCUCUACGCCUCUGGCCGUACCACUGGUCAGGUCUGUGACUCCGGUGAUGGCGUCACUCACAUGGUGCCCGUUUAUGAAGGUUUCGCCCUUCCCCAUGCCAUCCUCCGUCUGGACUUGGCUGGUCGUGACAUCACCAACUACUUGAUGAAGAUCAUGACUGAGCGUGGCUACUCCUUCACCACCACCGCCGAGCGUGAGAUCGUUCGUGACAUCAAGGAGAAAUUAGCUUACAUCGCUCUGGACUUUGAAAGCGAUAUGAAAGUCGCAGCUGCCUCCUCUUCAAUCGACAAGUCCUACGAACUUCCUGACGGUCAGGUCAUCACCAUCGGCAACGAGCGUUUCCGCGCACCAGAGGCCCUCUUCCAGCCUUCCUUCUUGGGCAUGGAAUCCGCUGGUGUUCACGAAACCCUCCACACUUCCAUCAUGAGGUGCGACAUUGACAUCAGGAAGGACCUGUUGGCCAACAUUGUCAUGUCUGGUGGUACCACCAUGUAUGCUGGUAUUGCUGACAGGAUGCAGAAGGAAAUCACCUCUCUUGCACCCUCUUCCAUUAAGGUCAAGAUCAUCGCUCCCCCUGAGAGGAAGUACUCCGUCUGGAUCGGCGGUUCCAUCCUUGGUUCUCUGUCCACUUUCCAGGCCAUGUGGAUCACCAAGGAGGAAUAUGAUGAAUCUGGACCAGGAAUUGUCCACCGCAAGUGCUUCUAAAGAAUUAGUAAAAGCUCUGUUGUUACGUUCUUAUCUUAAAAUAAGAACGCAAUUAUUUACGCUUGAAUUAUAUUUAUAAGAAAAUUAUAUAUUCUUUUGUGCAAAUAUAAUCAUUUAUUUUUCAAA